AUGGCCGCUCUUUUGUUCUACGGGUUGUUGGGACCAGCAGCCAUACUGUGUGUGGCAGCGCAGAAGGACACAGUGAACCCUUCCGACAGACCCAUGAGUAAGUCCAGGACGGAAAUGGUAGAACUUCUGGCCAAGCUCCAGGGACACCCAGCGAUACAGAAUCGGCUCAGUCCAUCGUCUCCGGGAAACAAAGUGAACAUUUCUGUUGAUAUUGUUGUAAAACAGGUCUUUGGCAUUGAUGAACUGACGCAAAUCAUUGACUCUUUCGUUCACUUCCGGGUAAAUUGGCAUGAUUAUGACCUCACGUGGAACCCACAAGAAUUUAGUGGACUGGAGCAGGUCCAUCUGGAUAAAGACAAAAUAUGGUACCCCAUUCUAAACAUUAUCAACGCUGGAGAUAGUGAGUCUUUUGUAAUAGACGCCGAUCAGGUGGUUAGUCUUUGGUACAACGGAACUGCCCAGUUCCACUCGACCAAGUUCCUUAAAUCGACGUGUAACGUGGACCUCACAGACUACCCUACGGAUGUUCAGAAAUGUCAGAUCAAUGUUGUUCCAUCAGUCGCAACCCCGGAUGUGUGGAUCGAGCAUGGGCAAACAAUUGAGACUCAAGAGUUUGAAGUGAAAGGUGCAUGGAAGAUUGUCAGUAAGUCCACGGAACAUGGAAAUACGGCGAGAUAUUCCUACAUCAAUGUUCAUUUGGAGCUCCAGAGGCGAGGAUUGUUCUACGCAGUGUGCCUGCUGCUGCCACUGUUCUCCACAUCCCUGCUGACGGUCUUCGUGUUCUUGAUCCCACCAAACGCUGGGGAGAAGGUGUCUUUCCUGGUCUCUAUUGUCCUGGCUAACACGAUGAUGCUGAAUCUUCUAGGAAGCAUCAUACCCCACAGCAUUGACAAAAUGCCUAGUUUUCUCCUCUUCAUCGUUGGAGUCAUCGUCCAGAACUUGUUAGCGUUUGUCUGCACGCUAAUCGUAAUCAGAAAGCACGAACAGGAGCAGACAACGGAGGCACAUGGCAUGUUUCAAACUGCGUCUCAGCUGGGAGCACAGCUGAACAACUCAGACCAAGCUUUCACAGAUCCGAGACGAUUAACCUCCAAGAAUGUCAUUUACUCAACUGGUAAGAGCUUUCAAAGAAGCGUAAGAACAUCCUCAAAUGCAGUAAGCCCUGACUCAACGAGUGCAGCGACCAGCGGUAAGGAGGCUCAGUCUUCAUCCAGAGGCUGCUUUCCGUGUAGAACCAGACUGAAGGAUUGGUACAAGAAAGUCAUCUCCAUCCGAGCCUCCACACUGGAUACAAUCUUUUUCAUUGUUUUUCUGUUGGUGUUUCUUGUAUUUACAGCUAUUGUCAUGAUUUGA